AUGUCACGCAAUGCGUAUGCGAAAACGUUCCACUCCAAAAUGCGCUCGCGAAGUGUACGAUCAAAUCCAACUGCAGCGUCCCGGAUCUGCUUGCGUCGAAGAAGGUCCAGGCGGAGAUGUGUGGGCUGCCUAUCCGCAACAGGAUCUCGGCUCUUGUCGUGACACAGAGCAUACUGUUUGCCCUGACGAUUGCUUUUGUCGCUGCGAGAGUUGUGAGUAGAGGUCAAUGGAACGGAGGGGCGGGAUAUGGCUGGGACGAUUGGGUCCUUUUUGCGACGUGUUUUCCAAUGCUUGGCUUGACGGUUACGGGAUAUCUGGAACAGCAUGCCGGCCUCGGUCAGGACGUGUGGGAGCUGUCUGUUGAGGAGAUCAAAAAGGUCGUCAUGGUAAGUCCUUCCACACAGCCAUCUCCGAAGUGCUCUUCUUUCCCUUGCUGACUCCAUCGACAGUUGUUCUACAUUGGCAACACUUUCUACGCUCCAGUCGUCAUUGGGACGAAGAUUGCAUUCGUACUGCUGUACAUUCGCGUCUGGGAGGAUGUCCACACCGUGUUCCCCAGGAUUUGCAAGGGCGUUGUACUUUUGCUGGUCAUGGCAUUGCUUGGCUUCGAAUUCUCGACUAUAUUCCUUUGUGAGCGCAAACAACUUGAUCAGUAUUCGCGAGAACGAUGCUGACUCUGGACAGGCGUGCCUGUGGAUUACACGUGGCGUUCACUCACCGAGCACAUCGAGGGCCAUUGCAUCAACCGCGAUGCUCAGCUGUACACCAACUCGAGCAUCAACAUUGCUUUCGACUUUGUGGUGCUGCUGCUUCCUGUCUCCAACGUCGUCGGACUGCGUAUGGGUCGGACCAAGAAGAUUGGGAUCCUGUCGACUUUCUCGGUGAGCACCACACUUUCCUCAUCGUUUGAUUAACGUGCGUCACUGCAAGGCACCAAAUACCGCCGUUGCGUUGCAUGAGCCGUGCAAGUGAACGAUGUAUGGCUGGCUCGCGAUUGACUUUGGCGCGAACACGUGACCAUGACUCGUGCCCAGGGCAAACCAGCGCGCAUCAGUCUAGUCUCCUGUCCAUCACCGGUUACACCUAUGUCAUACCUCAUCCGCUGCUCAACGCUGACAUGUGCGUGUGUGAUAUAGGUGGGCUUCGCCGUCACUGCGACGAGCGUCGUGCAACUUUACUAUCUGAUCAAAUACGUUUCCAGGACCGAAAACCCGACAUGGGACCUUUUUCCUAUUGCUGUUACGAGGGUCGUUGAGGUUUACUUGAGUAUCAUCUGUUGUUGGUGUGUAAUACCCCUGAACGACGCAAGUGUUCUGAGAAGUAAUGCUGAUGAUGAUUUAGUAUGCCCAUGAUGGCGGGCCUCGGGAAGCGGUUCUUCAGGAGGCUGGGGGAUACCAUUUCCAUGCACAGCUCUCUUAGUGAUUCCAAAUGGAAGAACUUCGGAAGCAGCAAGGGUAGCAAGAAUGGGACCAAGGGUGCCUCCGUACACGAUGCGGACAGCGUUCUGCAGCUGACUGCGAGGCCUUCUGCCGGUGGAGGGAACGAAGAGGGUGAUUUGCGUCGCGGCUGGCAGAAUGAAAAUGGGUCUGAGUUGGAAGAGCGAGAGACUUCUGCCUCGAGGUAUGGCAUGGCAUUCUGAGUCCUGUUUGUUGAAAAUUCUCGUCGUUGGUUCUUUGAUGAGUUCGUGAUUUGACUUACAUCUUGCACGACCAUGAAUUCGACUACUCUUUCUUGGGCCUGCGCGGUUCUCUGACUUGCAACAGAUCAAACAGUGAUGAAACUGAAGAUAAUCCGAGCGAUAAUAAGCGACACACACGUUCCGGAGACGAGCAGCGAAAGGCGGCGGAGAGUAUGCUGUAUGGAUCCGCUCGCAGCGAAGCUCAGCCUUUUGGCGAGAACAUCUCUCCGGAUCAGGCGCAGUUCUUUGAGGACGUCACGCCGAUGGAGACGACGAAGAAUGAAGGCAGAGAGGGAGAUCAGCAAGCGCCGGAGCGUCAUCCACGGAGAAGUCGAGAGGACGACCAUACCAAGCACAAGCGAACGGAUACUUCCUCCAAGGCUUACACUGCGUUGCCGUUCGUCUUCGGAGAUGGGCCUGCGCUCCAAUUGGACGAUCCGUCUCAGAAAGCAAGGGGCCAGCACCAUCUCUUGACUGCACCAGGAAGCGCAGGAAGGGUAGAGGACAAGGGCCCAGCGCAGAAGCGGAAUGGGCCUCCUCCAAGGCAGCAGGAUCGACAUGAGGAUCGACAUCAUAUUUUGACACCGCGUGACAAGGAGUACGACGAGGGAGAUGUAGCUGAAGAUGAACAGGCAAGAAGGUUGGCAUCGUCGGUCAACACUUUGCGUCCCCCCGGCCACGAUAAGGGCAGGUCUCAGGGUGAUGCCCUUCCUUUGCCCUACUCGCCUUCGAUCUACGACUCCUGGGACACGACGCCCGCUUCGGAUCUGGAAGGUGUCUCGCUACCUUCCGCAAGUCAAGAAGAUUCCACGGAUGACGAAGAAGUCGCGAUUCCCAAUGAUGUUAAAACGCUGCCGUCUCAAGGGGGCCGGAAUCUCUACGACACCUACCAACGGGGUAUUGCUGCCGAUGGCGGUAAAACCACAGAUACUCCCUUGGCAGAGCUCGGGUAUGGAGGAACGCCUUACAACAAGAAGACGGGAUACUUCUCGCAGAAAGACGGCGUCGUGAACCCCAAAGGAUGGGUUUCCGAACCUUCCAAGUAUGCGGCUGGUAUCAAGCGUCUCUCUGCGUACGACUCGCCUGCCUACUACGGUGGACCUGAUUCUCCGGCCAGCGCACCGCCUUCACCACCACUCUCGCCUGGUGGAACGGGGACCCGCAAGAUGUGGCAUCCCGAUGGCAGCAGUGGACAAGACCGAGUCACUCCCCCUGGAUCGCCACGGAACUUGAAGCCCUAUGAGCUCGGCCAGAUAAAGCUUACCUCCACGCCGCCGCCGCAGGCGCCUGAUUCGGCUAACGCGGCUGAGGAGGAACAGCGUCUUGGGGUUACCCAAGGUGCACCUCCACCACCCGCCAAGGCUGAGGGUCGCAAGAGGGCUUCCAGCAUUGCUUCCACUGACUAUCCGGCCCAUCAGUAUGUCCGCGGAAGCGAUGGUAGUUGGGAUCUCGCUCGGGACCCGGGGCAGAAAUCUCAUUCGGGCGCGAAAGAUGGAAGGAAUGAUGGAGAAAGAGAUGAUGCUCCUGUGAGGCCAAAGGCCCCUACGCCGGCUAUUCCCACGGCGGCGGAAUACAUGGCUCGGCUGCUUCGUUCGGACAGUGACCAUGUCCCUCAGUGGUCACCCGAUAAUUCUUUCUCUCCCGACCGAGAUGCACCAGGACGUCGUCCAGCGCCCGGUCCGCUUCAAUUCUUGGAAUUUUCCGAGUCACGCUUCGACGAAGCCAAUCAAAGGCAUCCCGAACGCGAGCCGGCUUCUCUUUGGCAGGGAGGCCGGACCUCUGGGUUUGAGGAUCAUGUGCAGCGUCGCAGAGUCGCGGAUGCCGAACGUCAGAUGGAGAGAGAACAGCCAGUUUUCCCCGUCACGCCGCCGCCUGAUCUGUCUGAGGAGAAGCAGCGAAAACUCGACGUUGCCUUGGGAAGCAUCGCGCCCGGGCGUGGUGUGUAUGACAACCGGGAUUGGGACAGAGCUGACGACUGGGACAACAAUGAUCCCGAGCGCUACCAACAAGGAGAUUGGCCUAGCAAUGAUCGCGGGUGGCAAGAGUACGACGAUGACUUCUACCGCGGUCGUCGCUGGGAUGGACCUGCUCCUCAGUCAAAUGAGGAUGACUACUGGGGCCGGAGAUUUUCCAAUCAGAGCUACAAUGGUCAGCGAUCCAGGUCUGUUGAGAUUUCUCCCGAGGACCACUGGCAUCGUGGAAGUAUCGAUCACCAUCGAACCUCUGGAGUUUCGCCCGAAGAUUACUGGGGACACGAGAACGGGAACCGGUGGAUGAACAGGUCUGUCACGACGCCUGCUGAAGACUCAUUCUGGCACAGGCGUAACGUUGGAGGCUACGGAACUCCUGCUGAAACUCCUAUGGAGAAUCGCUGGAGGCGACGCAGCAGCGAACGCUACAACUAUCGCAGAGCCUCGACGCCUGUCGACGACCGCUGGAGGAGACGGAGUACCGAACGCUACGACUCUCAUCGAGCCUCAACGCCCGUCGGGGAUCGAUGGCCUCCACCAGCCGGCGAGCGAUACCGCAGGAGGUCAGUGGAGACGCCUCUUGCGGACCAAUGGCAAAGAUUUCAGAAUCGGCGUUUGUCUGGUGGUUCCUGGCAGGAACAGUCCAACCGGCGCUUUUCCAGUGGUUCCUGGCAGGAACAGUCCAAUCGACGCUAUCAGCCGGAGACGCCCCAAUUCUACAGGAAUCCGGAAACGCCGCUCUCUGAGCGCUUCAACUGGAGAAAUCAGCCCGAAACCCCUCUAUGGAGAGGACAAGAAACGCCCCAAUAUGAGCGUUUUCAUGGACGGUAUCAGCCUGAGACCCCCCUGUGGAAGAGCCAGGAAACGCCGCAGUUUGAACGUUUCAAUGGACGAUAUGAGGCCGGCACCCCUCAGUGGAAGAGCCAGGAAACGCCGCAGUUUGAACGUUCCAAUGGACGGUAUGAGCCCGACACACCUCAAUACCGAAACAACAACGAUGAAGACGAAGACGACGGCUACGAACCCUGGAGACCUUCCGCCGCUCUGCAGAAGUCUCUAGACGAAUACACGCGGAAAUCCAUGGCCGACUGGAACAUGACGGCGGAUUCGUUCAAGCCCAGGCGAGCCAAGACUACGGCCGUCCCCACCGUCAACGACGUCUACAACGACCAGGAAGACUAUCCUCCCUCGAAUUCCAGACGUUCGCUCUCGCACCACGACGGGGAGAGAUCGUGGAAGCAUGACGAGUUCUUUGUGCCUCCGGCGACGCAGGCGGAGGCGGAUAAGAGUUCGCAGGGAUAUGUUCCGAGGGUUUUGAGGAGUGAGAAGGCGCCUGUCAGCGGGUGGGCUGCUCUCGACCAGAGGGGUUGGAGCGACAAUCGGGAUGAUGAAGAAGGGGAACAGAAGAAGCGGGGGAGUACCGGGACGGAGGAGAAGUCGAAUGCUUGGGCGCCUGUUGAGGUGCCGAGAUGA